CAAAAAUCGAAAACGAAGUGAAACAAAUCUGAAGUGAUUUUAGUUUUUCUCAGGAGAAAAAGCUACAAAAAUGCGUUAUAAUUAUAAGUUUGCACAUAAAAAUAAUUCUAGAUCCGUCGCUAUUGUUACAUUGAAUGUGAGAAUACGUAUUUAUAUAAAAAUUUCACUUCAUUCUUCUUAAAGAUAUCAUUAAAUACAAAUUUAUUUUUUGAUAUUAACAUGAUCUUAUCACAUAAUAAACAAAUAAUGAAUAUCUAAUUUAUUUCGAAAGUUCUUUUAAUAAGUGUAAAAUUAGAAUUUUUGUUUUAAACGAUUGUUAGCAAUUUUUUUACAAAGUUUGAAUGUUAACGAACUGUUAUUCCUAGUGCACAACAAUAGUGUGUAAUAGAGCUAUAUCUAUUUGUUUUUUCAAUUAAGAUUCAUGUUUAUACUAUAAAAGUACGAAGUUGUGAAUAGAAAAAGGCUAUACAAGGCUAUCUUAUGCGUUCUUUCUCACUUCUAUAGAUACAUAUAACAUGUGCACACAUAUAUUCUGUUUAAGAAAACAUUCUUUUUCGAUCAUUAUAAAUAUUAUUUACCAUUUAGAUAUGGUGCAAAGAAAACGGCAACGAAACGAUACGAUUCAAGAUUAUACUAACAAUAAAAGAUCAAAAUUACAAAAUGAAACUGGAAAAACAAGAAUCAAUAGAAACAAGUUUAUUAUUGAAAAUUUAUUAUCUCCAUUGGAUUCUUAUCUUUUGUUUUAUUUAGAUCUAGUUUUGAAGAUUUAGCAAAUGAAAUAUUUUAUGAAAUAAUCGACUAUCUUGAUUUUUAUCAUGUUUAUAAAGCAUUUUUUAAUCUUAAUCAACGAUUUCAAUGCAUUUUAACUAAUUCAAUAUAUCCAAUUAGAAUAAAUAUAUUAGCUAUGUCAAAAUCAAAUUUUGAACAUUAUUACAAUGAUAUAAUUAUACCAAAUAAACAUCGAAUAAAUAAACUUCGUUUAUCAAAUAUAUUUACUAUUAAUAUUAUUUUUUCUUCUUCACGUUUUAUUUGUAAAUAUCUUCAACUUGAAACAUUAAUACUUGACAAUAUUAAAUCAAAAUCUCUUGAAAAUAUUCUUAAUCAUUUAUCCUUUUUACCGAAAUUAAAUUCAUUAACUAUUCAUCCUAUUGAUUAUAUUCAAAAUCCAACUAUUUUUUAUUUAAAAUUAUUUCGUUUACCAAAAUUAAAAUUUUGUCAAAUUUCAUAUGAAACAAAACAAGAUAAUAAAGAACAUUUAAUGAUUUCUUCUAAUUAUUUUAGCUCUAUUGAACAUUUAAUAAUAAAUGCUCGUUUUCCAAUUGAUGAACUGGAUAAUUUAUUAUCAUAUGUUCCUCGACUUCAUCGUUUAACAAUUAAUUCUCUUAAGGAAUUUGAUCGUAAACAAAAAGAUUUAUGUUCAAUUACAUUAAAACAUUUAAAAUAUCUUUCAAUUAAAAUUGAUUCUAUUCGUUUUAAGAAAUUGGAAAUUUUAUUCAAAUAUUUCUUUCAACAUAUUCAAAUUUUGCGUAUUUCAACAAAUUCGAAUAUUGAAUUUUUAAAUGCAAAACAAUGGGAACAAUUAAUAUUAACAUAUAUGCCAAAUUUACAAACAUUUGAUUUUUAUCAUGAUGGACUCUUUUGUAUUAUGUAUAUUCGUAAUCCAUUAAAAUUUCAUGAGAUUAUUAAUCAAUUCAAUUCUUCAUUUUGGACCGAACGAAAAUGGUUUUUUACACAUCAACAUACUUCUCACAAAACAUUAGAUUGUGGAAUAUUUUAUUCAAUAGAACCAUAUAGAAGAAAAGAAUAUAUAUAUUAUUGGGAAUUAAGUGAUCCAACUUGUUUAUAUCACGAAAGAACCAAUUUAUAUUCAGUUAAACAUAUUAAUAUUUAUAGUAAACAAAUUACAAAUAAUUGUUUAAACUAUUUUCCAAAUGCUACUGAAGUAACUUUCAAAUAUAGUUUUAAUGCAUUUGAGAAUUCAAUAUCAAUGGCUCUUAAUCAUAUUUUACCUUUGAUAAAACUUACUAAAUUAACUAUUGAAUAUUGUAGCUUUCCAUUUGAACAAUUAUUACAAUUAUUAAGCUUUACACCUAAUUUACAUAUAUUAAAAUUUCAAUCAAUAUCAUUUAAUCAAAAUAAUUUUAUGUUAAUUCAACAAAAUGAAACUUUUAUAUAUGUAUCAAAAAUUAAUCAAGUUAAAAGUCUUGAUGUUCGUGAAAGUUGUACAUUAGAAUGUAUUGAAAUGAUUAUGAAUUUAUUUCCUCAAAUAGAAUAUAUUAAAACUGGAUUAAAUAAAAAAGAAAUUGAACCAAUUGGACGAUUUCUUUUUUCAAAAAUUAAUAAGAAAAUCUAUAAGUUAUUAUUCUUAUGUAUUUCAUAUACGCCUAAA